AUGGCACCUCCACCUGUACCAGCGCAGCAGUUUUUUCAGGACCAGACGCACCACCAUCGAGCAGGAUCUCACACUUCUUCGUACUCGCAUCAUUCCCACACCUCACAGCAGUCGCAGCAAUCCCAACGUUCGCAGGUAUCGCAGCAAUCUCAACAUUCGCAAGUCUCGCAGCAGUCUCAACAUUCGCAGGUCUCACAGGUCUCCAAAUACACUCAGGGCUCUGCAGCACUCUCAUCAACUUCAUCUGCACCGACACUCCUCUCCCUCUCGCUAUCUCCACCAUACUCCUUGACCUCAUCCUUCGAUCAUUCCCCUUCCCCAGCUACUCCUUCUCCUGCACAACAGAACGGUGGUUUAGGGGAUUUGAGCAGCGUGUUGAGCGCACUGCAGGAGCUGCAUCCCGGUGCAGCGCGGGUUAGAGAAGGGGAAACGCGUACCGGGACUCGAGCAGGGACACCUCGAGCCUCCCCGCCCCGCACGGGUAGGCGAUACGGCACACCCUUUCCUCCGAGUGCUCAACACGAUGAGGACGACCUAGACGACGAUGAAGAAGAAGACGAAGUCGAUGAAGAGGAGAGCAGCCCGCCCUCCCCCAACUCCGAAGCUGAGCUUUCGACCGUAUGGAGCGGACCGCUCAAGGACAUCUACCUCCUCCCCUCUGAGCGGGAGAACUCGGACGACGGGGAUGACACUAGUGAUCCCAGUCCAGUACUCAACGCUUUUCUGCCCAUGCCCACGCCGGUCCCGUUUGAAAUUGCGAGAGGGAGGAGGGUCACCCCCACCGGUCAUGCUACGCCUCUUCCAGGGCCAUUUGCGCCACAUUUCCUCCAAAUGCACCCCAGUUGGGCACAGGCACAGGUGAAUGAAGAAUGGUUACAUGAUCCGGCCGCUAGCGGAGGGAUGAGUGACGACCCGCCCUCGUCGGACCCUGCGGAACUCGGUGACUUUGAGAGCGUUUUGGCCUAUCUUCAUUCGCAGACACGACCUUUAAGGGAACUCGCACAUACAUCAAUGUAUUCUUCCAGCACCGGUGUGGAUACCAAUAUGAGGACCAACAGCAGCACGAACUACUACCCGACCUCUGGGUACUACCCCGGCCCCACGCAGACAUACGAUUUUGCCGCACCGCCCACCACUGGCGCGCAGAACGCAGGCAGUGACUCGGACAGCAAGCGCCGUGCGUUACUAGACGACCUUGUCCGCUAUGCAGGGGUGGGCGUCGUCCUCCAGGGUGCAAGGGCGGGCAGCAUCCUAGACGAAACCGAACCGGACGACGUGGAGAUUGAUCUGGAGUUGGAGGGCGAGACGCUCACAGGGGAUUCGCUCCAUUCCCAGGCAUAUGGCGGGAUAGGAACUGUCAUGCCCGGCGUGUCCGCGGGUGCAUGGGCAGGAACUCUGUGGGCCUCUAAUGUUGGUGGGCUCGUUGGGCAGACACCAAAGACGCCCGUGAAGAUCCUCCUUCCCUCAUCUGCUGCUGAUCAUCGUCCCCUCCCGCUUCCACCUACCCGUGCUCAGCCUACACCGAACGCAAAGAAUAAAACUCACCAGCAACCCAGCGCCGUUACCAGCAAGUCGAAACACACGAAGGACUCCUUGCCUGCAGCUCUCGUCCCCCUCCCUUCCCUAGCUCCUCCAGACAGGCUAGCGAAGUUAUGCCAGAAAUUAAUGAUCGAAUUCCCCUUAGAGAGGGGAUUGCUAGAGAUGGGGAUGCGGGAAACGGAGAGGUUUACGAGGAGGUGGGGGACACAGCUUGCUAUAGGGGAGGGUGAAGAGGAGCUCGGACAGGAAGGAGGAGAGGUACACGUGUUUAUUGAUCACUCCAACAUCCUAGUAGGCUUCCUCGAGUGGCUGAAGCUGAAUCCCCCACCACCUUCACAUCCCUCUCACCCUUCGCACCCGUCCCAUGCGAGCCACACCCAGACAACGCCGACAACGCCAUCCGGCAAACCCAAGCAUAUGCUCUCCUACCCUUCUCUUGCUCUGCUCCUCGAGCGCGGUCGUCCUAUCACGAAACGUGUCCUGGUCGCUUCCUCACCAUUGUAUUCGUCCCUCGAACCGAUUGAACUCUGCGGGUACGAAGUGAGUGUGUUACAGAGGGUACCACAGAAGGCGCGCGAACGGGUCAGCCAAGCUGCCAGCCGUGCGAAGGGCUCUUCGCCUGGCGGUCCGGGUGGCAAAGGAGGCAAAGGCAAUAGUCCACAGGGGCCAAAGGCGGUCAGCGUGGGCGGCGCCGCGACGCGAAGGAAAGGCGUAAUUACCAAACCCUCUGCCAAGCAAGCCGCCGGCGACAGCAGUGAUACCGACCUGGCGCCUGCCACGCCUAUGCGUGGUUCUCUCGCUGGCAUUCCGGUCCCUACCCCUCAAUCGGGCUCUGCAAGCACGAGCGCAGGAAGCAGGCCCCCGAGGUUCAAGGAACAGGCAGUGGACGAGCUCCUUCAAUUACAUAUCUACAAGUCGAUCCUUUCACACCCUUCCGCCCCCUCCCACCCAGGAUCACCCCAGCAGAGGAACACGUUGGUCAUCGCCACGGGUGACGCCGCCAGCUCGGAGUUCAACGAAGAGGGCUUUGUAGGUUGUGCUAGAGCGGCUGUGAGAAUGGGCUGGAAUGUCGAGGUUGUUGGUUGGGCGAAUGGUGGCGUGGGCAAAGGCUGGUGGAAGCUACUCGAAGAGUUGCGUGCAGAGGCCCGCGCUGAGAAAGACGAUACCCGUGACGCUGAUAAGCACUGGGUGAGCGCCAAGAAAUCUGGUGGGAUAGAAGACAGGCUGAGGGUGAUGGGCCUCGAGGAGUGGGGAUGGGAUUUGCUGGAAUGAGGAGAAUUCUAACG